CAGUUAAGCAGUUGCAAUUUGUGAUUACUGGGAAUUCACAUAUUACGUUCUGCAGGGUCUUGGAACUGCCAUCAUGGGUGACAAGAAAACUAACUGGAUUAAAAAAGAGGAAGCAAAUGAGUUUCUUGAUGAACCAUUAGGAGCGUCUUGGUCCCCUGAUUGCAUCAAAGAGGAUCCUGGACUAAAUUUGGGGUGGGACGAAACCAAGAACAAUAAUUCUGUGAACACUUUACUGGAUGCCAUAUUGGAAGCGGAGAGAGAGUGCUGCCCACCACCUCUGCUGGUGCCCAAGGCAGAGCUGUUUCUUAAGGGUCCACAGGAAACAUCCUGCUCCACUGAUUUUAUCAAGGAGGAUCCGGAACUAAAUUUGGAAGAUGAUGAAAAUGAGACAAUUAUGGAAGACCCAACAAGAUAUGCAUCUGAUACUGUAAGUUCUGUCAUCUCUUGACUGGGAGUGGUCCCAUGAAUGGCACACACUGUCAUCAACCUAUCGGACAAGAACACGGAGAAGGUACCAUCUCGGCCCUCAAUAAUGGAUUGAAUUUCACUUGUACACCACACACUGUGCCUGUUGUGGAUUUCAUUAGUGGAGUGGAACAGGCAGUGUGACAUCUCUCAAAAGACACCAUCGACGAGGUUGAUUCAAAAUAUUGAUGAGAGCUGUUGCACAUCAUUUCAAGAAACUGUUCAUCAAGAAAUGGUCCAUGAUGAGCUAAAGAUUGAAGAGAAAUCAAGAUGGUUAACCACGUAUGGUUGUAGUUCAGAAGGAAUAGCUGUGGAAGAAGAUAGGUCAAUUGGUGCUCAAUUAAAUUGUUAUUCAAGGGAAAAGGAGGUCUCAAAAAAAUUUAGCUGUAGUGUCUGUCUACGCAGCUUUCCUUCAAAAUACAGUCUCACAAUGCACGUUUUCAUCCACAUUGAUUGUGUGCAGUCACCGAUAUACAUUUGUAAGUCGUGUGGUGAGGUUUUUUCCAGUAAUGAUAGAUUGAACAAACAUUUGAAA